GAGAGAGGAAGAGGCUGAGAGAGGAGGCAGAACUAAGAUCUGUAUAGAAGGCAGCUGGGCAACCAACACAAAAACACAGCUCAUCGCAAGGGCCAUAGGUGCACCACAAGGACUACAGAUUACAGGUCAUUUUGUUGGGAAAUAUCUCUCAGAAGAAUCAUGAAGCUGCUUCUUAUUGGAUUAUGUUUCUCGUGUGUUUUACUUGGCACAUUUAUUGAUGCCAGGCCAGUGUAUGGAGAGGAAGAUCCAUACGAGGAUGCCCCUGCUCAUCCUUACUGGCCCUUCUCCACUUCAGACUUCUGGCAGUAUGUGGAGCAUUUCCGCUCCCUGGGUGCAUAUGACAGGAUAAAUGAUAUGGCUCGUACCUUCUUUGCUCAUUAUCCUAUUGGGGAUACGCUUGGCUACACCAGCAGGAAUGAUGAUGAAUAGAUGCAUGUUAUUGGCCAUGCUUAUACCUUAAUGUACAUAGAGAGCGUAUAAAUGACAUAUCGCUCGGGGGAUCAAUAACAUGGGAAAUGAUGAGUACCUGAGCUCACCUACAAGUGUAAAAUCCAUCAGCCCACUAAUCCUGAGCAAAAUAGAUGGUUCCAAAGUUUUGGGGCUAAGCUUCCUAUUUUAUACAUACUGUAUUUGUUUGCUUUUUGCCUCCAGAAUAAAAAUGAUAUAUUUUGUAUUAUGCAAAGCCCCGUUGGAGUAAAAGCAUUGCGGCCAUGUGUUUUAUAGCAAUAAAAAUGCUUUGGAAAGAAA